UAUCCAGAUCGUGCAAUAGGAACAAUUUCUAGGAAAGAUCUCGUUGGACCUAAGGGUAUUCCAAUAAUUGGAAAUCUAAUCUCUAUCUUAAGAAGAAAUACAUAUAUUCAAUACCAACAAGAAUUGGCAAAUAAAUAUGCGGAUUUUGAUGAGUAUGGAAAAAGUGAUGACUUUUACGAAAUAGGUUACGAUGUAUUUGGUGAUGGAAUAUUUGCAGUUGAUGGUAUGUCGUUUGAUGUAGAUUUUGGAUGUUUAACCCAUCCUGAAGAAAAAUCACAAUUUGUUACAGAUUUUGAUUUCGCUCAAGAUACUAUAUUUGAGAGAUAUGGAAGACCUUUUUGGAAAUUUAUAGAGAAAUAUAGUGAAAAAGGUCGAAAGAUGCGUAAAGCCUGUAAAUAUAUUGAUGAUUAUGUAUAUAAUAUGAUAAAUAAUCACAAAUCUGAACUUGAAAUUGAAAAGAAAUCAGUUAAAAAUUU